AUGGUGGCGGACGGACAGCCUGCUGGAGGCCGCUCCUGGGCCAGCGUCGCAGCGGGCGGCAAGGCCAAGGGCAACUGGAGCUACUGGGUCUGCUCCAGCGGCCAGUGCAGGGAGUGGAACUGGUGCACGCUCUGGAAGUGCCGCAGCUGCGGCCGAGUGGCCCCGCCUUGGGUCAAGGCUGCCCAGCCGCCCGCGGCCGACGCAGGCCAGGCAGGCGUCAGCGAGGCCAGCAGCGCGCAGCCGUCGGCCGUCGAGCGGCACCGCCAGGAGGUCAAGCGCAUCGAGGACUUCCUCGCGGCCCCUGGCGGGGCCAUCGACGAGGCGCGCCAGCAGUGGCUGCGCGCGGCCCUCGACCGCGAGCGUCGCAGGCUCUCGGCAGCCGAGGCGGCGCAGGCGGAGCGCAGGAAGGCCGACAUCCCCCUGCCCAAGGUGCCCCAUGGCGCAGGCAACGCCUUGGGGAAGCUGGGCAGACAGGGGCGGGCCAUGGAGCAGGCGCUGCUCAAGGCCGAGGAGGCCCAUGCGGCAGCCAUCGGAGAGCGCGAGGCGGCCAUCGCACGCGAGGCCGCAUGCGCCGAGGCUGUCGAGGAGUGCCGAGCUGCUCUCGAGGCUCACCGCGAGGAGCAGAAGGCCGCAGAGGCCAGGCAAGCCAAGGAGGUCGGCGCGGCCUUCGCUGGCACGGACUUGCUCGGGAUGGUCUUCGGCCUCAUCCAGCAGGUCGAGGCCUUGCCCCAAGGGUUCGCUGCGGGCAACGGGGAGGCCGCCUUCGCCGAGGUCGCCAAGCAGAUCGCAGCGGCCCGGGGGCGCUCAUCCUGGGCCGACACCCCCCUCGACGUCUCCGACGAGGACUUCGACGGAGAGGAGGAGGAGCGGGUCCUGGGCUGCAGCGGUAAUGUCUGGAACAGGAGCGUAGAGGUCCUCGAGGCCUUCUUCCACGCCCACCAGUACUGGCCGCAGCUGGUCCUCCUUCAGGAGACGAGGCUGACCCAGGAGCGCCUUCCUGGGGCCAGGGCUCUGGCACGCCGCCUCGGCUACACCGCCUUCUUUCACGAGGCGGUGGCCACGGGCCAGCCUGGCCCGAACGCCACGUCGAGCGGCGUCGCGAUCCUGGUGAGGGCUGGACUCCAGGCCGAGGAGUCCGCCUGUCAGCUCCCUGCGGCCCUUCGCCACCGCCUCAUCGGCGUAGAGGUGGCGGCGCCGUCGGGCCUCCGCUUUCUGGCCUUGGCAGGGUACUUCCAGCACUCUUUGGGCCCGCGGGGGAUCAACCUCGACCUGUUCUCCUCGGUCUCGGACCUGGUGGCAUUAUCGCUCGACUUGCCCUGGGUCCUCCAGGCAGAUUUCAACAUGGAGCCCGAGCCCCUGCAGGAGUUGGGCUGGCCUACUGCGGUUCGCGGGCAGGUGCUCGGGCCCUCGGAAGCGACCUGCUGCGCCCAAGGCUUGGAGCACGUCUACGACUGGUUCGUCGCGUCGUCCGACCUGGCCACUUGCGCGGCGUCCUGUACGACCACGCUCAGCGACUUCGGGCUGCACCCGCACUCUCCUGUGCUGCUGCGCCUCCAGGACGUCAGGAUCGAUGCCCUGGUCGAGGUGUCCUCCCGUCCUGCUCGGUUCCCAGAUGUGGAGGCCAAAGGCCUGCGCCCCCGCGAGGACGCCCUGGUCCAGGCCUUCACUGUCGGCAAGCGCGGGAAGGUGUCGCAGAAGGCUGUGUCUUGGUCAUGGGCUCAGGGGUCGCGCCCGACCUGUCUCUCCGUUGCCUUCGGCGAGUGGAUCGAGGCGGCGGAGGGCACUCUCACGGGCAUCCACGCGAUUGCGCCAGGCGACAUGUCGCGCUACCUCGGGCGAGCGGCUGGGCCCAGGACCAGACGCAUGCCCUUCAGCGCGCUGGUGCAGCGCGAGGCCAGGCUGAAGUACAGCAUGCUGACCCACCGCCUGAGGAGCUGCCUCUCGGUCGCCCUCCAGAGGCUUCGCGCCGAACAGGCCUGCAGGUGGCACCCGAACCACACUUGGUGGUAUGAGCAGGAGGCGGCGGCGAGGGCGAAGCUCCUGGACGAGGCGGCCCAGGAGGUGACCAGUCUUCAGAGCGUGGCCCUCCCUGGGGUCUCCGACGUGAAGUGGGGUGACCUCGCCUACCACGCGGGGGUGAAGGGCUGCCCCACGGCGAUCGCCAAGCUGCAGUCGUGGCUCCUGGCGUCCUAG